GCGCCAUGGAGGAAGAUUCAAGUGUCUUCUCUCUCCAACUAACUCCAGUCAGGUAAAACACGGAUUAAUACCAUUAGAGACGAUAUAAACUGCUGCUGUGACAACACCUCACUAAUACUAAAUCAUUUAAAAAAUAACGAAUUCACGAAAGAUUUACUGAAACUGUAUUCACGACUGAGUUGUUACGCACUGCAGUCCAUUUGAAUGGAUACUUCACCGGUGCCGAUAUGAAGGUUAUAUGAAGUAAAUAAUUAUAUGUAUUAUAAAUGUGCAUUUAAAAAAAAAAAAAAAUCGGUUCAUCCUAGCCUGAGAAAAGGCAGAACGUGUCUCUCUGGCUCAAAAGUAAGAAAUCCUCAAACUACCACAGUGCAUUGCUCCCGCUGCAUCCUAGCGCGAGUGGAGUCGUGAGCAAACUUGUGUAAACAUAUCCCCGUGAUACGUUGACUGGUUUUUGCCCUCAUUCUUUAAAACGCUUCAUUUGUGAAUUACAGUACAGUGUAAAAACAUUUGCUAAUUACACUAGCUCAGCAUAUCAAGUAUUUGUACUCAACCUUUUCUCCCCAGUUGAAAUAAGUGUAUCUUAUACAGUAGGCCUACUUUAAUUUAACAGCACUUGGGUUAGUAAACAAAUCACAACAACUAACAUGAAUUUGAACUUUUAUUCAUGAAAAAACUACUUGCAAAAAUAAAACGUGUAGGGUGCGUUUGCUAGAGUCAAAAUAGUCACAGCUCUACUUGAGCAUCUACUGUCUCCUGGUAGCCACGGUACUUCCCAUCCUGUGCUGGGUAAUUAGCUCUGAUGGCCUGGACAACACAGAGUAGCCAAAAAGGUAGCCUAUACAGCAUUACACAGACGUAGCCUAUGCUCUGCCGAUAAGAUCGGCUACUUUCGGAGACCUACAUUGUCACGUUCCCGGGGACUCAAAACUAUUGUAGCCAAUGUGUUAAUAAAAAAACAAUGCUCAGACAUCUGUUUCUCCCGGCGGGCUAUGGCUGGCGUUUCCAGUUCACUUUCUGGGUCCGGAAAUAUGUAUUGAAUACCGAACUGUUAGGCCUGUCGCGAUAUGCAAUAAAUCAAUUAAUUGCGCGAUAAAUUAAAAUGAGCGAUAAUUUCCAUUCGCACUCUUUUUUUAAAAUCAUUGCUUUAUUGGCCUAAUCUGAGAAGAAAUCUAUGCCAUAAACAGAAAUAUUAUAGGCCUUUAUUACACGGGUCUUCUCAAUGCCGUGGAACGCUCCGUUCACUUGCAUAGAUAACUUGUCAACCCCAGCGUCUUCGUUUGCUAAGCAACGUCAACGUCUUUGAAGAACUAUUUCUCUGCUGAUCAACACUACGAAUGCUGCUAACGAAUAAAUUGUAAAAAGACACACCAUGUGAAGUUAUUUUUUCGUCUUGGCAAGUAGCCUUGUAAUAAGCGGGAUGAUGUAGUAUAGAACGUCGCCGGUCAUUAUCUAAAAUAAGCCCCUUCAGGGUGAAGCAAGACACCUCCGCUGCGCGUCGGUCGCCUGUUCGCCCUGUCGGGGCUUAUUUUCCCGAUAGUGACCGGCGUUCUUUGCAUUAUAUAUAUUUAUAUAUAUUAUAUAUAUUUAGCAGGGUAGGCCUAAGUAACAAAUGUCGGGUUGAAAUCGGGCUCCGGCUCAUAAUUAUAGGGCACAACGAGUAAACCCCCUCGUCAAGUGUCAGUAGCCGCGUUGACAUGGACACAUCUGUUCCGCAUAGAUUUCUAUGCGGAACAGAAAAUGAUCAUGUAUACGCCUCAUUCGGAAUACAAUUAUCUGUUCGGCAUAGAUUCUAUGCCGAAUAAAAGAGGUGGUGUAGUCCGUUUUAAUCGCCAUGUAUGCACUUAUUCCGAAUAGAUUGGGGUUUAACUUGGAGCAGCCGCAGUAGUUCGCAACUGGUCCACUGAGCUCCGUCUGUACUUUUAAGCACACCGAACUUCACCGCUGUCAAGGAAAGUGGAUUUAUUGCCUGAUUCACGUCUUUGUUAUCACUCCGUAAAAGUAGUCCGGUAAGCGUGUCCAGUUGCUAAGCGACGGGACAUGGGUGUUUAUUAAUGACGUGUUUGCGUAUCGUAGUGUCCACGCGCGUCCGAGGUAACUGUAAAUGAGUAGGCUACUAGUAGUACUUUUGCAGGCUGAACGUUAAAAUACUUCUUAACUUAGAGAGAUGGCAGCUGCAGUAGUUCGCAAAUGGACCUUCGAGGAUUCCUGGCACUAAAUUCCUGUAAGACCACUCUCUCCCACCAGUCUUGGCUGCAGACUCGCAUCCAAAUUCCUCUUGUUUGCGGCGGAGCUUAAGGUAAAUAUAAAGAUCUGACGAGAAAUUGACGUUGCUGCGCUGUCCUCCUCCUUCUUAAUUGAAGGAGCAGGGAGAGAAAAGCUCUCUCCUGCUGUGCUUUCAUUAAAAUCAAAUUUAAAAUCCCCGAUAGUGAUAAGACAUCCAUUAUGUCGCCGCCGGUCCAGAGAUGUGUCAGGUGUGCGCGAGAGACAGAACGGACACUUUUGUUACUGCCAUGUAUACAGUAGCCUACAUUCGGAACACAUUUUAGGAACAGAUCUAUGCCACAUAGAAAUCUAUGCGGAUCAGAUGUGCCAUGUAAACGCGGCUACUAACUUGACUCUGUCUAUAGGCGAACAGAGCAAUCCGGCGUGCUCCGGCUCCUCGUCCUCGGCAACAGGCAAGGCUUGUUCAGCUGCUGCAGCCGCAGCAGCCUCCUCUAUUUGUGUCAAUUCUUCCUGGCUGUAUUCUGGCUCAUACUAAUAGCCCUGAAUUUCCAAAUCAAACUAUAGAUUUUCAAAAUCCACUUCGGCUGUUUCACAUUGCAAAUUUGUUCUCGCGGUGAAGAAACAUGGCGGACAUUGUGUUUACAUAUUGUCCCCGAGCUCCCGCCCCCCUCAUUCCUUAUUGGUGGGCUCACAAAUUUGCGGAACCAGUGGUUUGCAGUCCUCGGCCCUUCUAGCAAAGUUCUCCCGAGAUGACGUCAAACGCAUAAUUUGAUGUCUUCUCGGGAGACAAUUAGAGCUGGGCAAAGGGAAGACUUAGAUUGAGGGGGGAAAAAAUAUAUUUUUUACGUUACAAUAGCGAUUUUAUAAUGAUAGAACGCCGGUUCUGAAUGGGUGAAGUAUCCUUACAUAAAAACUUUUUGGCAUAGUUUUUAUAGAUUCUAUAGACUAAUCUAAUAUUCGAAUAGCAAUCUCUUGUGUUUCUUCUAGGGCCCGACCGAUUCAUCGGCCUGCCGAUUUAAUCGGCCGAUUAUAGCCUUUUUGAAAAUAAUCGGCAUCGGCCAAAAAGACGCAGAUUACAACCGAUUUUUUUUUUUUUUUUUUUUUCGCUUAGUAUCCUACAGAUUGCGCUCCUACUCGCCUUGCUAACACUAACAACUUUAGCUGGAGUAAAAAAGAGGAGAUUGAAUUUUACCGUACAACAUGAAAGCACUCUCGCUCAGGCAGCUGCGCGCUCACCUCACCAAUGUACACAAGACGCGUUGUUUGAGCAUGUUGUGCCUGUUUUUCUUUAGGUCCCAGGCCAGGUUAAUUUGUUAUACUGUAGACUCUAACGGUGAGACCAUACUGCUCAGCACGCACGUGUUAGUCACUGCUCACGAGCGCAGCACAUUGGGAGUUAGUUAUUUAUUUUACAUUUUACAUUACACUCAUUUUUGACUGUAAAUGUAUUCUAAAACACUCAAAGGUUCUGCAUUCAAUUCACAUAUUCGUCAAAAGUGUUUAAAGUAUAUUUAAGGUAUCAAAAACUACGUGUUUUUGAACGGUCGGGCCCUAGUUUCUUCAGCCAUAUAUAUAGGGGAGAGUGGGUUACGAUUGGUCAAUUGUACUCCUGUGGUCCUCUAGGCAUGGAAAAAUAAGACAGAAGUUGUAUGAAAAUAUCGACCCAUAUUUCAGGAUGUCCCCUGUCAAUCAAAAUGCAUCUAUUUUUUUUAUCUUUAUUCCCCAAUUUUUCAUUUCACAGUCUUGCUGUGCAUGCAAUACAAUGCAAAGUUGUGUUUGUUUUCAAGCUGGUUUGCUCAAGAGGCUAUUGUAGCUAACAAUAAACAACGACUAGCCAGGCAUCUGGAUCACACCAUAAAUUUACCAAUUUACUUUUUCAAGCUGAAUAACCUUUUCCAAAUGGUCUUUAUAUAUUUGCUUAAGUUAACUUUAAACAAUAUAAAACCUGUCAAUAUAUCUGUAUUUUUCAGUGCGUUUACUCAAGAAUAUCGUUAUUAUUUUAUUAUUGGGUUAGUCUGAUUAUUGAGUUCGUCCGACUAUGAUUGGAUUAUUAAGAUGCAUGUAUACACCAUAGUCGGACUAGAAUCGAAUUGUGUUUCCCAUGGUCAAAAUAAGACCCCCAGAUUAUUUGAUUGUUAGUCGCAUUAACGGGGAACUAUGAAACUUUUUUGCCUUAAUUUACCUUAAUAUAACAAGUCAAUGUGAUGGUUCUAUAACACUUUAUGGGCCGAUUGGUCGCUGUUUCGACUCCCCCUUGCGCAUCUUGGCGAAGAAAGGGAAUAUGCACGUUUCUGCCGGCGACGCGCCGCCCACUCUCGCGGGAGUCGGGUUUCGCGAAGUAACGAAUUGCUUUACGGCACUGCAGACCCACAAACACAGAACCGGCUCGAUAUAAACACGAGUAGUGAGGGAUUGUUACAUUCAUCAUGGAUCAGCCGACUUAAAAGAGACGGAUGAACCCAAUGUCGGAGGAACAGAAGAAGAGAAAAGGGACACUGACAGAGAGGCCAGACACGAGUAAACGUUGGGCGAGCUCCUCAGGAAUAGCAUGAACUGAAAGAAAGAGAAGACUGCAAAUCGGAUGCCGACUUGGCCGUGUUGCUCUUGAAAUUGCCAGGUUAUGUGAGGUGUCUCUGUCUCUGAGAGAACGAUGAGUAGAGAGGGAUCCCGGAGCGGCCCGUGGAGUGGUGAGGGAGGAGGAGGAGGAGGAGGAGGAGGAGGAGGAUGGAGAGGUGGGACCGGAGGAGGGCGAGGAGGAGGAUGGAGAGGAAGACAAUGGGGAGGAAAGGGGGCCAGGAGAGGUGGAGAGGGAGGAGGACGAAGAGAGGUUGCUGGGUCUACCUUCAGCAGCCAGAUGAAGUUCUAUCAAACCACGUUAGACAGUUUGUGUCCUUAUAAGGGAUGGCCCCUCUACUUUACUGAAGGUUUCAUUGAGAGUUCACCGUCUGUGGAGAAGAUCAGAGUUUUUGAACAAUACUUCACCUCCAAGAUCGACCUUUACCACAAGGAUGACAUUGAGCGGCAGGGCAGUGUUCUGGUGGACUAUGCGGACCUCAUGGAGAACGUUCUUGUGGACGACACGCUCCAUGAACUGGCUACAGAGCUGAAGGAAAAGCCAGAGGCCGUCCUUAACUGUUUAGGACUGGCCAUUCACCAGGUGUUGACCACCGACCUGGAGAAACAGGCUGCAGAACUGCAAGGGGAAGCGCUUAAUACGGCUGCAUCUAUUAUUAGCAUACCUCACAUAAACGCCAGGCUGUAUAACUUUGAGCCACUGACCCCCCUGCGCACACUACGGGCCAAUGUGUUCGGCCGCCUGGUGUGUGUGAGAGGCACGGUGGUCAGAGUGAGCAACAUCAAGCCCAUGUGCACCAGGAUGGCCUUCCUGUGUCAGGGAUGCUCGCACACCCACUCUGUCCCGCUGCCCCACGGAAGCUUCACCACACCGGUCAAGUGUCCCCAGCCUGAGUGUCGGAGCCGUUCCUUUACUGCCGAUAGAAGGUCUCCUCUCACACACGCCGUGGACUGGCAGACCAUCAAAGUGCAGGAGCUGAUUUGUGGGGAGCAGAGGGAGGCUGGAAGAAUUCCACGCACAGUGGAGUGCCAGCUGACCUCUGACCUGUGCGACAGCUGUGUCCCCGGUGACACGGUGACAGUCACAGGGAUCGUUCGGGUGGCUAGUGAUGGCACUUCAAAGGGAAAGAAGGACCAGUGCAUGUUCCUGCUCUAUAUUGAAGCCAACUCAGUCAGCAACACCAAAGGUCAGCGCUCUGACCUGGGCGCUCAGGACUCUGGAGGGGAAGAGUUCAGUCUGAAGGAGCUGUACGCCAUCCAGGAGAUCCAGUCCCAGACGGACCUCCUGAGACUCCUAGUGCAAUCCCUGUGUCCUGCCAUCUACGGCCACCUGCUGGUGAAGGCGGGCCUGGCGCUGGCUCUGUUCGGAGGGCGUCAGAAGCGGACAGAGAGGAACUGCGUGCCUAUCCGAGGAGAUCCCCAUGUCCUGGUGGUUGGAGACCCCGGCCUGGGCAAGAGCCAGAUGCUCCAGGCCUUGUGCAAUGUGGCUCCCAGAGGAAUCUAUGUUUGUGGAAACAGCACCAGUACUUCAGGGCUGACAGUGAGUCUGUCUCGAGACCCGGGUUCAGGAGACUAUGCACUGGAGGCUGGAGCUUUAGUCCUGGCUGACCAAGGGCUGUGCUGUAUCGAUGAGUUUGAUAAGCUGGGCAGCCAGCAGCAGGCGCUGUUGGAGGCGAUGGAGCAGCAGUCGGUGAGCCUGGCCAAGGCCGGCAUCGUGUCCAGCCUUCCCGCCAGGACCUCCGUCGUCGCCGCAGCCAACCCAAGCGGGGGGCACUACAACCGCUCCAAGACUGUGUCCGAAAACCUGAGAAUGGGCUCUGCUCUGCUCUCCCGCUUCGACAUCGUCUUCCUGUUGUUGGACGUCCCGGAAGAGUCACAUGACCGGCUACUGUCGGAGCACGUCAUGGCGACCCGGACAGGGAGGGGUGGGGUAGGCAGUGCCAUGGUCAGCAGAGCCAAUAACAGCCAAUUGGAGAGUUCCUUACUCCUGGAGGCCUCGGAGGCGCCUCUAUCGGAACGGCUGCAGGUGCCUGCAGGCGAAUCUGUGGACGUAAUCCCGGCCUGCUUGUUGAGGAAGUAUGUUAGCUACGCCCGGCAGUACGUCCACCCCACCCUUUCGCCUGAGGCGGCACAGACCCUGCAGGAGUUCUACCUGUCCCUCAGGGUGCAGGCGCAGUCGGCAGACUGCACGCCCAUCACCACCAGGCAGCUGGAGUCUCUGAUCAGGCUGACCGAGGCCAGGGCGAGGCUGGAACUCAGAGAGACGGCAGUAAAGACCGAUGCUGAAGAUGUAGUGGAGAUCAUGAAACACAGCCUAGCCGAUACCUACUCUGAUGGGCUGGGCGGCCUGGACUUCCAGCGCUCCCAACUGGGCUCGGGGAUGAGUCAGCGCAGCGCAGCCAAGCAGUUGGUCAACGCGCUGCACUCCCACGCUCAGAAGACCAAUCAGAAGCAGUUUGACAUGCAGCAGCUAAGGUCGCUGGCUGAAAGGCUGAACAUACAGGUGGUGGACUUUGAGGGCCUGAUCAGCUCUCUGAACGAGCAGGGCUUCUUGCUGAAGAAAGGAGCAAAGUUGUACCAGCUGCAGACCAUCUGAUCCCCCACUAUCACACACCGCUGGAUUUGAUCUCAACCCUCUCUCAUAAUCAGUUUCUACUGUGUUACUUUGACAAACAUCUACUGCUGGAUGUGUGGCUCUUAUUGGAGGUGCGAUGGUGGUCAUCUCUGCCUAGACAUAGAUUUCAAACAUUUAUAUGAAGAGUUGAAUGGUUUUGAUGGCUUAUUAAAUGUUGCGUUACAGUGCGACACUUUUAUAGGUUUGUUAUUUAUUCAUUAUUUCUGAUUUCUUAUAGUAAUUGUAAGCCUUAUGAUCAGAAUACAAAUAAAAUGGAGUUUGUGUUUGAAUUGUGUUAGUGUCUC